UAUUCGUCCAACUUGACACAUGAUGUCUUCAUUAUUCAAUGUAAAUUAUUCUAUUUUACAACAGGGUUCAAUGUCUCUGACAAGUUGGAAUCCAAUGUAUAUGAAUCAGAAAUCUGAACGACUGAUGUUUGAAAAUUCUUUAGGAAAACUCCAAGAGAUCCUUUAUUUUUCAUUAGAAGUAUAUUAUAUUAAUACAACUUGACAUGUUAUUAUGUCUUUAUCUUUCAUUUUUUUUUUAUCUCACUUUGACUUAGUCAAUCCACAGUUUUGCAUCCAUGAACCACAAGUUGUGUGGUUGUGAUGUAGAUGUUAAAUAGAAAAUUGUCCAAAUUCAUGUAAAUUAUCUCAGGCAGAGACAUUAAAUCUGCGAGGCUCUUAUCUUUUAGAGAAAUGGCUUAUGCUGCUCUUUCUUCACUUAUGUAUACAUUGGAACAACUCUUCAAACCUAAUCAAUAUUUCGUUUGUCCAAGCUAUACACAACAACAUGUUCAAUCUCUCUAUCAAAAUCUUUCUGCUCUGCAACUUUUCCUUGACAAUACUACCACAAAGGAUAUUGAAACUCUUAAGGUUGUAGAAAAGAGGAUCAGAAAUGUAGUAUACGAAGCAGAAGAGAAAGUUGAUUCAAGCCUAAGAUAUAUCAUCACUCUGCUAGCAGAUCUCACAGAGAUGAGAGAAGAGACUUGUAAAUUCUUUGAGGAAGAAUUGGUAAAAGUGGAAAAAGAUGUUGAUUCUCUCAGGAAAGAGGUGGUGCAGAUCGAGUCUAACGAGCAGGGAAGCAAAUCUGCAGAAUUAGCAACAACUCCCUCCUCACCAGAAAAAAGGACAAUUGAGGAAAAUACUAUUGUUGGGAUGGAGGAUGACUUCAACAUCAUACUUGAUCGCCUCACUUCCCAAAUAGACGAGUUAACUGUUAUACCAAUUUUUGGUAUGGGCGGUAUCGGUAAGACAACUCUUGCUAGAAAAGCUUAUAAUGAUUCAUAUAUUCGUUCUCGAUUUGAUAAAUAUGCAUGGGUCACCAUCUCCGAAAAAUUCAAUCAGAGACAAAUGCUUCUUGAAGUUGCCUAUGCAAUUACCGGAAGCAAUCAAGAAAUGAGCGAUGAUCAACUAAUGGAGAUUGUGUAUAGAGGUCUGAAGGGAAGGAGAUUUCUAAUUGUCAUAGAUGAUAUUUGGAGUACUGAGGCAUGGGACCAAAUGCAAAGAAUAUUUCCAAAUGAUGACAAUAAAAGCCGAAUUCUAAUUAACUAACUCGGCUCAAGUAUGUUGCUGAUUAAUGUCAACUGCCCUGAUUUUCCGCCUCAUAGUAAGUCUUUUCUAAGUCUAGAGGAUAGUUGGAAUCUAUUCACUGAGAAAAUAUUCAAAAAAGAUCCAUGUCCUCCUCUGCUAGAAGAAACAGGGAAGCAUAUUGUACAACAAUGUCAAGGGUUACCUCUCUCGGUUGUUGUCGUUGCUGGACUUCUUGGAAAAAUGGACCCAACACAUGAUAAUUGGAAGAAGGUUGAGGAAAAUCUGAACUCAUUCUUUGGUACGGUGUCCGAACGGUGCCAAUCAAUUCUUUCUCUGAGCUACAAUUACUUGCCCCAAUAUUUAAAGGCCUGUUUUCUCUAUGUUGGAGGUUUUCCAGAAGACAGAGAGAUUAAUGUUUCCAAGUUGAUUAGGCUAUGGAUUGCUGAGCAAUUUGUAAAGGCAAGAAACAAUAAAAGGUUAGAAGUAGUGGCAGAGGAGUAUCUAGAAGAGUUAAUUGAUAGAAGUCUAAUUUUGACUGGUAAACAAAGGGCUAAUGGAAGGAUAGAAACUUGCAAAAUUCACGAUCUUUUUCGCCAACUAUGCCUAAGUGAAGUUCAUACUGAAAAUAUUGUGUAUUACAUGAAUGGGAAUGUUCUCGUGUCCUUAUUAGAAGUCAUACAUGAUCAGCGGCGAGUGAUUGAUCUGCGUAAACAUGAAGAGAAGCAAGUUUAUAUCAAUGAUAUAACAAGUAUAACUCGUACCUUUAUUUCAAUGCAAUACGAUUUUCCAGAAAGGAUUUGUUCCAUUGUUUCAAAGUUCAAGUUGCUUAAGGUGUUGGAUGUAUUAUCACUCUGGUACGAUUUCUCUUGUGUAAUACCUGAACUUGUACAUUUGAGAUAUGUUGCUGCAAGAAUUGAUAAAGCUCUUUCACUAGACAAAUUGAGAAAUCUACAGAUCAUAAUUCUUCAAGAAAAUAUUGGUGUCAACAGAUCAACAAAGUUGGAGGAGCCAGUAGAUAUCUGGAGAAUGUCAGAGCUAAGACAUGUGGAUAUUGAUUCUCCACUAUAUAUAUCUAAUCCUCUUGAGGCAGAAAAUCCCUUGUUUCUGAAUAACUUGCAAAAUCUUUAUCUCUAUAACUCUCAUUUUAUUGUGGAAAUCAUAAAAAGAACUCCCAAUCUAAAAAAGCUAAAGUUCAUAGAUGAAUCUGAGAAUCCUGACUGGUCUGAAAUUCUUGAUUCUCUAAUUCUUCUAGAGGAGCUGGAGACGCUACUCAUAAAGCUGGAGAGCAUUGACCUGAACAUUUUCUCUGGAGAUAUUUUGUCUUGUAAAAUCAAGAAAUUAAGUCCUAAUAUCAAGAAAUUGAUAUUAUUAGGUACUUAUAUACCAUGGGAAGUUGUGAAUUUGCUGGCUAAUUUACCUAAUCUUGAGGUGAUCAGCGGGGAGUAUGCAUUUUCUGGAACAGAUUGGAAAGUAGAUGAAGAUGUUGUGUUUCGCAAAUUAAAAUAUCUACAAAUUGGUGAAGCAGAUCUGGAAAGGUGGGAAGCAACUGGUAGUGAUAAUUUUCCUAUGCUUGAGCAACUAAUACUUUAUGGGUUCGAUACACUGGAGGAGAUUCCGGAGAGUAUUGGAGAUAUAAUGACACUAAAAUUGAUCCAAGUAGAUAAUUGCAGCUCUUCUGUAGAUAAUAGUGCUAAGAGAAUUCAACAAGAGCAAGAGAGCUUGGGAAAUUAUGAGCUUCAAGUUCGAAUUACUCCAAAGGAUGAAGAAAGAGAAGGGUACUUGAACGAAGCUGGUGAUGAUUAUACAGCUUCUCAUUAUAUACUUCCACAUCUUCUCAAUUUAUAUUCAUCGCGAGCCAAGGCACAAGAUUUUGAGAUUUAUGCUCCAAAUGCAACAUUUGAAGAUCCCCUUAUGCAUGCAGAGGGGGUAAAGCAGGUUAAAUUGUCAUUACAUUCGCUUGGGAAGGUGUUCAGUGAGUCGAGAAUCGUGGAGUACAACGUCAUACAAAAAGAAAUUUCUCCUGGAAAUAAAGAGAUUUUAAUUGAAAACAAACAAUAUUACAAGUUCUUGGGGAAAGACAUUCAUAUGAUAUCACUAAUCAAGUUGUACACAGAAGGAGGAAAGGUUGUUCGUCAUGAAGAUUGCUGGGAUAAGAAACCUUUAUGGAAUAGGGAGACAAUGAAGGUACCACUUGUUGGUCGUGUGAUGAAGGUAUCUCGUAGAGCUUCGAUGCUUUUCACAGAUGCACUAAUGGGGUUUGGAAAAGAUCCCUCCAUGUAAAUUGUAGUGCACUAUUU